AGCUGGCUCGAGGGUGUAGCUAGUUUGAACAUCCUCGCAGCCAUGUUCGCAAUGCAGUUUCUAGGCUUCCUCAUCGUCGUGCCCUUGGCCUUGGCUGCCAAGUUCAUGGCGCCAAGCGUGACCAGCGGGGCGCUGCCAAGCCACCAGGCGCUGGCCGCGCUGCUGAGCGAAAAGGGGAAGCCGUUGGACCCCAUGGUGUCCUCCUUAGCUGCCAUGGCUGAGUCCCUGUCCAAGCAGGACCCUGCAACACGUGAAAGCUCCGUGAAUUCCAUCAAGACAUUGCUGCAGGGACUUCUCGACAGUAUCACUAGUCAGCACACCAUUGCUCAGAAAUCGGUGACCAAUCAGAGCGUAUUCGAUAGCUGUAGCACACAGAAGACGGCUGACUUAGCUCAUGCGCAGACUGUGAAGAAAGAAGCCAACUGGACAGACACCACCGCGGCCUACAAUGCGUGCCAAGCUGAAUUCGAGGCACUGAACAGCACGUACACCAGCUGCUACCGACAGGAAGACAUGCUGAAGGUGGCGGCCACCGCUCGGUGCGAGUAUUUCCAGUCGGUGGAUCGGACUGACAACUUUCAGUCGUGGUUCUGUCAUGAGGAGUGCCUUGGCUGAAUCUGGCAUACUGGGUAUGAAUCCUACAUGUCUUGUCAGCACUCAACAUCAUGGCGGAUUACCAUUGCCGGUUUUCCUUUCUUAGUCCUCUCCUGGGGUGAAUCAUCCAGCAUGAUCUUGGUUCCUUCUCUUAGUGAGCUGGCUUUUGUAUUCCGUUUUCUAUCCUUGGAGAUCUCCUUUACACAUACUGGGUUGGGUGUGAUUAGUUCUUUUGGAUUCUUUCAAGCUGUCGUUGCUGAAGUUUUGGGACAUGCAUCAGAACCAAUCUAUCCUAAAAUUUGCUAUCAGACUACGGAACCGAAUGGUGAAGACUAAGGGUGUCCAAGCCGCCAAACCGCACGAAUCGUGACUGAAUCUCACGAUUCGCGUCGCACCUGGCGCUCAGUGACUUUCCUGCGAGCAGCAGCUAUGAAGCCUACCUGCAGCGGAACAUCGAGAUGCUUGCGGACUUCAGGAUGCGGAAGGCCAACUGCAGCAAUGCGACGGCCGCGCACGGCAGCAAGCAGGUGGAGUGCUCUGGGCACCAGCAGCAGGCAGCGGCCAAGGAGGUGGCUUGUGCCCACUUGACCCCCACUGCCAUGCCCAUCGAUUGCAGCUCCUAUGUGGCCACGAAGCAGG